CCGGAAGGAUACUCGAGCCCGGCUUCGCAGGUAGUGCAGUCGUUUGGGCCUGUCGGGGACGAGGAGUUCGGUGACGGUCGAAGUGCUCUCUGUAGCGCUCGAGCAAAAGUACCGUGUCGAUGGGACUUUCAGAAUGCAGCAGCUACACGAUGAGUUGGCCGCCGUCGCGGUCACCGCUGCUGACAAGUACGAUCCGGCUCGCGCAAUCCAACAAUUGCGCCGCAUCUUUCACGAACUCGGCAAACUCGGAGACACAGUCGUGAAACAACGGCAAGCACAUGCCAUCCUAAAGGCCCUGCCCGACAAGCAAUACGGCUCGUUCAAGACUGUACUAACUACAAACGGUUCGACGAACGGCUCGUCGAAUGGGAACUACAGCAGCGGCGGCGGAUCGGCCGGCAACGCUGGAGGCGGCAGCGCGGGAAAUGCGCAAGGUGCUCGCGGGAAUUAUCGCGGCAACAACGCCUCCGGUGGCCGAGGUAAGGGCCAGGACACCGGUCGGAACCGAAAAGGGCGCUGCCGCUACUGUCAUAAUUCGACAGAGCACGGGUGGCACAACUGCCCGCUCCGCCUGAGGCACGAGGCGGAGGAAGCCACUGAACAGGCUGAUACUCACCACACUCAAGACUCCACCACUCAGGCAUGGUUCACGCGGGUGGAGACUGAAGGCGAUGUGCUGGAGGACUACGCCAUCUCUUUCGGAAAAGACGUGCAGGUGCAGGAUGCGCCUGCUGCGGCGCAGCCAGAGGAGCGCGCUGCUGGUGACACGCUGGUGCAAGACGCGCCGGUGCCGACGCUGCAGGAUGCACGCGUUGUGUAUGACCCGCAGGUACUGGACACACCUGCUGCAGCGGUGGUCUAUGACCCUGCUGCCAACGGAUAUUCUCAGACGGAGGAGGCGCCUGAGGACACCGAGCUCGUUGCGUUCAGCAGGGUGUUUCAGGUGGACAAAGAGAAACCGCAGGUCGUUGAUGAUUCCGCCUGCUACAUUGAUUCCGCCGCGUCCAGCCACAUGGUGGAUGAGCAGUCUCGCUUGUCCCAUCACGUCCUCAAUCCGGUAGAUUGCGCUGUGCGCAUUAUCGGGUCGUGUGGCACAUCCGACGCAACCAAGAAAGGUACCCUGAAGUUUGGGGUGCGCAAUGAUCAAGACCAAGUCGUGCGAGUAGCUCUGGAGGUUCUGCUGGUUCGGGGCCUUGGAGCGAACAUACUUUCGGUUGGAGCGCUGGCCGAGAAGGGGGUGAUGUGUGAUCUGAUGUCUACCCCGCCGGCGCUUCGCAUGGGCAACCAGGUCUUUCCGAUCUCGACCGCAGUGCCUCGCAUGUACGUGCUGAAUGUCAUCAUCGACGACGUCAACCUGGGCGCUGUAGAAGUAAAUCGCACGAAGGUAGACGCUCACCUGUGGCACCGGAGGAUGGGCCACUGCAACUCGCGAGCGCUGCAGCAGCUGGCGGACAAGGACACUACCGGAAUCAGGUUCAAUCGCAACAUCGAACCAGCCACCCCCCGUCUAACCGUCCCCUCUCGGAGAACUCGGCUGGAAAUUCUAAAUGCCGAUACGUGGGGGAAACAUCCUAUUGCUACAUACGGGGGUUGCCAGAGUGCCGUGAUGUUUACUGAUGACGCUACUCGCAUGAGGUUCGGCUACCUACUCAAGACGAAAGACGAAACGGCCGAAGCUCUUCAAACUCUGGUUCGGGACGAGGCCGACCCGCUUGGUCAGAGCAUCGGCACGGUGCACUGCGACGGGGGAGCGGAGUAUUUGGGCAAGUUUCUGGCGCUAUGUAAGUCGCUCGGAAUCAAGCUCACGAAUAGCCCCCCCUAUGUCCCGUAAGGGAACCCCAUCGCCGAGCGUGGAUUUGGUACCAUCAUCGACACUGCCCGCAAGCUUCUCUUGGGAGCACCGCACCUUCCUCAACAGCUGUGGGGGGAGGCUUUCAUGACUGCAAUCUACCUCAAGAAUCGGACCCCGACCGAAGUCCUGGGCGGCAAGGCACCACUCGAGGUAUGGGAGGGGAAGCCGCUCGGA